AUGCAUCUGGGUCCAGGUGGGACCCUCGUGUCCAGGUCCAACCCACGCGUCCGGGUCCAGGUGGUCGCACCUCCUCCCUCCCUGCUCCCUCCCAGGAUCCUGCUGACGGUGGUGGUGAUCUUCCGCAUCCUGAUCGUGGCCAUCGUGGGAGAGACGGUGUACGAGGACGAGCAGACCAUGUUCAUGUGCAACACGCUGCAGCCGGGCUGCAACCAGGCGUGCUACGACAAGGCCUUCCCCAUCUCCCACAUCCGCUACUGGGUCUUCCAGAUCAUCCUGGUCUGCACCCCCAGCCUCUGCUUCAUCACCUACUCCGUCCACCAGUCGGCCAAGCAACGGGAACGGCGCUACUCCUUCCUCUACCCGCUGCUGGAACGGGACGGGCGCGAAGCCAAGAAGACCAAGACGCUCAACGGGGUGCUGGUACCCAGCCCCGAGGGGGGCUGCAAGGAGGAACCCGACUGCCUGGAGGCGAAGGAGCUGCCCGGCCCGCCGCCGCGGCCCCCCCGCAGCUCCAAAGCCAAGCGGCAAGAGGGCAUCUCCCGUUUCUACGUCAUCCAGGUGGUCUUCCGCAACGCCCUGGAGAUCGGCUUCCUGGCCGGGCAGUAUUUCCUCUACGGAUUCAACGUGCCGGCCAUCUUCGAGUGCGAUCGUUACCCGUGCGUCAAGGAGGUGGAGUGUUACGUCUCGCGGCCCACCGAGAAGACCGUCUUUUUGGUUUUCAUGUUCGCCGUCAGCGGCGUCUGCGUCCUCCUCAACCUGGCCGAGCUCAACCAUUUGGGUUGGCGCAAGGUCAAGGCUGCCGUCCGCGGGGUGCAAGCGCGUCGCAAGUCGCUGGUGGAGGUGCGCAAGAAGGACCUCUCCCCGCCGGCCCCCGCGCCCGCGCUCGGCCGGACGCAGUCCAGCGAAUCCGCCACCGUCUGA